GAAAGAUACACGGCACGAAAUCCUAGUGGGUAUCGGCAAUCCUAAUGGUAUCGGCAGCCAUAGAGAACAUCUUCGUCGCCCACGGGGAUACUGCCACCUCCAUUUCCGCCCCUCCUUCGACCGAAGACUUCGUGGAGGACUUCUUUCAGCAUCUUCCAUCCGUUUCAGACCAGCACCAGUUCCCGCACCAGAUCCCGCUUCUCAUGGCUCGCGCCUAUCCUGGGAUGGCCAAAUUUCUGCUAGAUGCGAAAUGGAAGCAGUCAAAUGAUCCGGACAAAGAAUUCCUGGUCAGGAUUGUUAAGGAGGGAUUGCAGAAUGCCAAUUCACAAUACAUUCUCCAGAACCUUGCAGCUCUCGGCCUCAACAGCUCGGUAGCUGCGGACGACAAAAGCAUCAAGGCCAGCCACCUUCGAUACUACAAAUGGGUGGCCCAGGGCCGCAGGGAUGAGGACUCGCCGUUUGAACAAUCUAUCUCGAUUCCUCACGAUACCCUCCCGAACGACCCCAAUGAUUCAAUCUGCGGGAAUUGCGGCGAUAGCGGCGCAGCCAAGAAGUGCUUGGGAUUGGUGCCAAAAGGCCCACUGGAAGCAGCACAGGUCCGAUUGUCGAGCGCUGAAGCACCUUCACACCUCGAUGUCUAUUUCCAGCCCAUUUUCGAGCAUUAUCUUGGGUCAACAUACGACACCACAAUUGAGAAAAUAUCAGAAGACAACGGCGUAAUUCAUGCAAAGGCUCAGGAUGGCUGGGACAAGAGAGCCGCUUACCAAGGGAAGCACAUUGUCACCAAGUUCCGACACGACUUGGCUCCUUCCAAGGAUGCUGGCACAGCCGUCCUCAUGAAUGGAAACUGUUGCCAGUUUGUGGACUUUGGCAAAUCUUUAACCGGCUUCUUUCUCAAACCGGAGAAGGUGGUGGCACACCUGCACAUCAUCGCCGAGGCCAGCCUCCUAGAUCCCAAGAACUCGCCUGCGUUCAAGCUCUACUUUACCCCCAGUUUCGACAUUCAAACCACUACAGGCCACCCGGGCGAGUACGCUACGUUCAAGAAGGUUUGGUUCACUGCACGCGAGUACAACAAGUACAAAAACCGCCCGCAGUUGCUGAAGGCCAUGUGGAAGGCGCGAUUAAAGGCAGUCGGAGGCAUGGGCAAAGCCAAUUAAGAUACCUAGGGUUCUCAAGGAUACUUAGGGUUCUCAAGGAUAUCUAGGGCUCUAGUAAAUGUACGGAGUACCUCGGUCGUAGGCAUUUCUCCAACAUCACCUCCGUAGUCAGGAUGGAUAGGUCCUUAGGGUGGAGGAGACGGUUAACUGGUCUCUCGGACUCGAGGGCAUAAAUGAGAUUUCUCUCUGAAAACCAUGCGUUGCACCAACUGGUGAUUUUGAACCCCAUACGGAUCGUUGU